AACGUGUUUUGAACUUUGAGAGAUUCGUUGCAACGACACACUUGGCGCAUUUGAUUUCCAACGUCGUUUAUAGACUGCAUUACCUAGAGCCAACCAGACCUCCGUCCAAAGAGCUUUGUCUGUCUCGCACGGAUUCUCACUUUCGCGUAAACGCCCUAUAAUUCAAGGCUGAGCAACACUGUGGUGGGGCUAGAGAUCACUCGCUCAUUAUGGACUCUCAAAAACCCGACAUUAACGGCACCAAUCACCCCGACGAGACUGCCAAUGAAUUAAACUAUGACAAUGAGCAAGGCUCAGAUGCUUCCAUAGCGGGGAACACUGAUAUGGAUGUAGACACUGAUGCGGGUGUUGAAAGAGGAGAUUCUAGACUGGGUGACGACUCUGCUACCGAGCCACGAGAACGAGGCGACGUAAAUCGUACGGAUAAUGACGAUUCCAAUGCGCAAACGGUUGCAAGCGGCGCUGGAGAUGAAGCAGCGCCGAAUGCGGAUGCAGGUGGGAUAGACGGGAGUGGGAUGAAUGUCAGGCUGGCUGAAAUUGACGCGGGGCCGGCAACCGCUAGCAAAAUGCUCGUGCCUCAGUCGCAAGAAAUUAUUAUACCCAGCUACACGGCAUGGUUCAACAUGUCCCGCAUCCAUGACAUAGAAAAACGCUCUCUACCAGAAUUCUUUAACAACAAGAACAAGAGCAAGACUCCCAGCGUUUACAAAGAUUAUCGAGACUUCAUGAUCAACACGUAUCGGUUAAACCCAUCAGAAUAUUUGACAGUGACCGCAUGUAGAAGAAAUCUGGCUGGAGAUGUUUGUGCCAUAAUAAGAGUACAUGCGUUUCUUGAGCAGUGGGGCUUGGUUAAUUACCAGGUGGAUGCGGAUUCGCGGCCAUCUACAGUGGGCCCUGCUUUCACUGGCCAUUUCCGCGUGACAGCUGAUACCCCUCGUGGCCUGCAACCAAUUUAUCCCUCCGUACCCUUGCUGAAGACCGAACCGCGCACGCCUCAACGUCCCGCGGACCGCGAAUUGGUUGAUAAUAGCAUGGGUUCCAAAGCCCCACCUGUGAACCUCCAGUUUUCCAAAAAUAUAUAUGCGGACGCCAUCGCUCAAAGCCCUCGAAAACAUGCCUUAGAAGCGGAGGAUGAAGAAGCUGCUCAAACACCUCCAGCAAAGAAAGUGAAGCAUAACUGCGCAACUUGCGGUGUUGACUGCACCCGUCUUCGAUAUCACAGUACGAAAACACCAACAAUGGAGAUCUGCACAAACUGCUACAUUGAAGGCCGUUUUCCGUCAAAUAUGUAUUCAGGGGAUUUCAUUAAAAUGGAAGAUCGUCCAACCAAGCAAGCUGCUGAGGAUGACUGGACAGAGCAAGAAACAUUGCUGUUAUUGGAAGGCAUCGAGCUUUUCGAUGAAGAUUGGAACAAAGUUGCCGAUCAUGUUGGAACUCGAACGCGCGACCAGUGCAUAUUGAAGUUCCUACAGCUCCCUAUAGAAGAUCCCUACGUUGGGGUAAAAUCAAGCGACCUGGGACCGCUCCAAUUUCAUCGUGUUCCUUUCUCAGCAGCUGACAAUCCUGUUUUGAGUUUGACUGCUUUCCUGGCUUCGGUGGUAGAUCCAAAAGUUGCAGCUGCUGCGUCAAGGGCCGCAGCUGAAGAAUUGGAGAAGGCGACAAGCACAAAGGAAAUCAAGGAAUCUAAGCCAUCCGAGACGCAGACAGAAGGAGAAGACAGAGAAAAUAUCACCAAAGAAACUGCAAGCGCAAACAAACAGGGUACCCCGACGACCCAGGAGAAGGUGGAAGACUCAGAGCUAGCGGAAGAGAAGCCACCUGUCCCUGCAGCAGAAGGAGCAUCGCACGAUGUGAACGCCACUGCUGACGCAAUGAACAUUGAUCAAGUAGAAUCAGAAGCACCGGAGGCUGUUUCAACUCAUCAACCCACUACAGUACAGGACGGCGAGCCAGGUGGGACCCGUCCCGAUGCGCUACUUCAGAAAUCAGCUGCGACCGCGAUCGCGUCCGCCGGAGCCAAAGCACAUGCAUUGGGAGGUCAUGCGACAUCAGAAUUACACGCGCUGACGCUUGCGUUGAUCCAGACACAAAUGCGGAAAUUGGAGGCGAAGAUGCUUCAUUUCGAAGAAAUGGAAGCGGUCCUCGAACACGAGCGAAAAGAGAUUGAAAGAGAGAAACAGCGAUUAUACAUGGAUAGGCUAGCAUUUCGAAGAACGGUGUUGAACUGGGAAGCCAGACACGCGUUCUCAUCAGAGAAGGAGAAUCACCAUACUAAUGAGAACCGAAAUUAUAGUAAUGUGAUGAAAGGCAGUGGUUUCGGUGAACUUGGCAAUGCAGCUGGAGCGAUGAGGGUGGAGUUUGGAGCACAGAGUGGACAAGAAGUAGGUCCACUGUCAAGGGAAGGAGAAGGAUUUUUGAUCUCCAUCGGAUAGCGGCUGAAUAGGGAGUGCAUGUGGUGUAAAAUUGGGCUCGUGUAGUUGAAUGCAUUUGAAGAGAAGUGUAUAAUAGGCGGUAAUAUGAGUUGAAUCGCAAAUUUCCAAUAAUAAGGC